UCCAACAUAGAAAAGCCCAUUGGGAAACCCAUCCAAUCCAAUAGCAGAGGAAGGUAAGAACUCAAACCGCCGUCGGUGACUGAGUGACGGGAAAGCAAAGAACGGAGCAAGCUAGCGAAAAUGGCCUACCUGAGCAUGGGAGAAUCACACCGAAGAAUCACUGACUACCUCAAUAGGUUCGCCGACGCUAUCAACUACCAGGACGGAGAUUCUCUGGCUCGGCUAUUCUCCGUCUCGUCCGACUCCCCCUCUCUCCUCUCGCUCGCUGACGCUCUCAACGUCUUCCAGGAUGCUAAUAGACUGAUAAAGCAAUCGGAGAAAUUCUCGCAAUUUGGGGAAGUAGUAGCUCCGUUCUUUCGUUCCCUGCAAUGCUAUCGACUUGGCAACUUGGUCGAUGCUUACGGAGCAUUUGAGAAAGCUUCCAAUGCCUUUAUACAGGAGUUCCGGAACUGGGAAUCGGGUUGGGCGUUGGAGGCACUCUAUGUCAUUGCUUAUGAAAUAAGGGUUCUUGCGGAGAGGGCAGAUAGAGAGCUGGCCUCGAAUGGGAAAUCACCGGAGAAAUUGAAGGGAGCGGGUUCAUUCCUCAUGAAAGUGUUCGGUGUUCUUGCUGGAUCCUGUGAUCUACAGGGGAAAGGUCCGAAGCGUGUCGGAGCACUGUAUGUGACUUGUCAGUUGUUCAAAAUAUACUUUAAGCUUGGCACAGUUAAUCUUUGCCGUAGUGUGAUAAGAAGUAUAGAAACUGCCCGAAUAUUCGAUUUUGAGGAAUUUCCGAUAAGGGAUAAGGUCACUUACAUGUACUACACUGGCCGUCUGGAAGUUCUCAAUGAAAAUUUUCCAGCAGCAGAUCAAAAGUUGUCCUAUGCCUUAACACAUUGCUGUCUCAGCAAAGAGGCCAAUAUAAGGAUGAUACUGAAAUAUUUGAUACCAGUGAAGCUUUCAAUAGGCAUUUUACCAAAGAAACAGCUCCUUGAAAACUAUGAUUUAGUUGAGUACAACAACAUUGUGGAAGCCCUAAAGAGGGGCGAUCUCCGACUGCUCCGAAGUGCUCUCCAAGAGAAUGAAGAUCAGUUUCUACGAUCAGGAGUUUAUCUUGUCCUAGAGAAGCUAGAGCUUCAAGUUUAUCAAAGAUUACUAAAGAAAAUCUACAUCAUCCAAAAGCAAAAGGACCCUAGCAAAGCUCACCAAGUGAAGUUGGAAGUGAUUGUUAAAGCAUUAAAAUGGCUCGAGAUUGAGAUGGACUUGGAUGAGGUGGAGUGCAUAGUGGCAAUUUUGAUAUAUAAGAACCUCAUGAAAGGUUACUUUGCCCACAAGAGCAAGGUUGUAGUGUUGAGCAAGCAAGACCCUUUUCCCAAAUUAAACGGGAAGCCGGUUGCUUCUUAGGGAUUAAAGGCUCUGUUUUGCGGCAGUAGAAGUAUACGCUAAGUUCUGACCGUGUUACUAUAAGCAACUUACUUCAGUUUACCAUACUGAGAGCGUCGAGAAGACUUGAUACUGCAUGGCAAUGUACUAUUGUUGUAGGUUGCCAAAUAUGUUGUACGUUAUAAUUCAAUUCUGAUUUUCAGCAUUCUCUUGUUUACAAAAAAUUCAUUCCUAUUUUCGUAGCCUCCUGUUAAGUAACCAUAUCUCUUUUACAAUUUGAGAUAUGACAAGCCAUUACAAAAUUCAAAGGUUACGCUGUGGUAAUGUUGCGUGCCAGGAACACAACAUGAGCUUGCUCAAUCAAGAAGAGGAAAGGAAAAAUCAGCAAACAUGGCAAUCAAGGAAUCGCGAUCCUAAAGUUAAGUCCCAACUCCUGGCACGCAUGUGAAGGAAGCAAGGUGUGAAUGCGAGAAACUCAAGAGCUUCGAGCCUAGACGGAUUGAGUGGCCAUCUCCGAGAGAUAACAUGUAAAGAGCGAGACAGCAUCUUGCAGAUGGUUUGAACAAAGAUCUUCAGGAACGGGAGCCGUAAGAACUGUCUCAAAGCAGCUCAACUGGGCAUCCCGUGAUUCUCCCCAACUACUUAUCGAGAGCAGCAACUCGGAUAUCUCCUCGGCCAUCUUUGAGUAUGCAAUCCUGCACCGGUUGGCAAUCUGUUGCCCAAAGUCUCUAAAGAUUCAUUAAGCUGACUAAGGAAUCCCCUGCAUUCAGAAUUCUUGCUCUCAAGAGGAUCCUUUUCGUUCAUGGUAUUGUUAUCCUCUUGAAAUGAACUUUUAAGCUGUAAGAAGGAAAUAUAGAUUCCAGCUCCCAAGUCCCAGUUUUCAAUUUCAGAUUUGUGUUCCUCCAUAUGAGUAGCAAGUCUCCAAACUUCUGAAUGAUUACCAGACAAAAACAGUGUAUGAGCGACUGAAGUUGUAAAAAUAGAGUGAGCCUUCUGCCAGUGUGCACAUUCAAGGAAGUGCUCAAGGGCCUUUGACAGAUCCCCAUGGUAAUUGAAAUAUACUGCCAUAGCUUCAUGCAGCCACUCCGAUGGAAUUUCAAGGUUCUGAAUGAAUUGGUAUUGUGAUUCGUCUGAACUCCAAGUUUCACAAUACUGAAACAAAAUUUCCCGAAUUACAGUAGCAUGUAGAUAAGGAUAAUCAUCACAUUGUGGCAUGUGAAGCACCACAUAAAUCGCCCAAUGACAUUGUCCAGUGCACAAUAACUGGGAAACAAUUCCCAUGUCAAGCACUUGAAGAUCAUUAGAAGUAAAGACACCAGCUGCCUCCAGAACUGCUCUUUGAUGCCAAAUCAUAUGGUAGUCUAGUGGAUCAUAUGUUGAAGAUGAAGUAGUGAACAUGGUCUUCAGAGAGCCAAAUUUACCCUCCCCGUUGGCAUGCAGAAGCAUGAGAUAGUAUGUGAGAUCAAAGUUCUUUUCUGUAUCACCUAUUUCCUCCUCAACUGGUCCUUCAUCUACAUAAAUUGGAAGAGGAUAUGGAGCUUUACCUUCAUCGAGGAGGAGUUCAUAAUUUUUGAAAAGAUCUGGCAAUGGUGUCUCAGGCGACAGACGAUACCACAUCAGCAACCCUAAGAAUCUUUUCCAGUCAAUUUGAACACCCUGCAAAGCAUUGUGAAUAUUACCAGAAAGCAACUCAUAGAUCCUUGUCCUCUCUUUCUCAACAAAAUUGAAAUCUAGUCCAUUGGCCCUCCAAAGAUCAAGUUGUCGUGCAACAUCAGCACGAUUAACAGUUGAUCCACCAGCCUGACUAAGCAAACACGCCAAUCUGACAUCUCCUCUAGAAACAGCCAUUUCGACCGCUGCAUCCAGCUGCCUCCCAGUAAGGAGUAUGAAGAUUUGUUCGAGAUAACUGGAUUCAUCCAAAGAGCUCAGAUCCUCUUGAACACGAUGACAUACACUUUCUUGCAACCAACAACUGAACUCUGCUCUCCUAAUAAGAGGAAGUGAUUCCUCGUCAAUUUCUGGAGACCCUUCUUUAACAUCUGGCAUCAUGUCUUCCUCAUUGUCAGCACCUAAAGAAUUUGGUCCCCCAACAUUUUCCCUUACAGAGAAAAGAACUUUCACCAAUUCCCAGAUCAGGACUUGGUGCAUCAAAACCAGACGUGAGGAUGAAGACAAUCCAGGAACCUCCAGCUGUCUCUCAAUUAUAUCUAUAUAAUUCCGACAAAUUUCAGCAAGAGCCAGCCGAUUAGUAAUCACCUUCUGAAGUUUCAGUGUAAAUGAACCUACAUGAACUUGUUUGAUGUCACGAUUUAACGAUUUGUGGAGGUUGAAAGGGGCACCAAAAGCACAGUCAACAAGUUCCUUUCUGGUUUUAUCAUUUUCAUCGCUAACCACUUUGUCAAUGCUAACUUUCUCGACAUUUAUGACAGAAGAUAACCAUCUUUCAGAGCUGCUACUACUUACAGGAGCACCAGAAUGAAGAAGAACACCAUUUGGACCCCAUCCGACACGGAAUGAUUUGCCCAUGAAUAACCCAGCAUCAACUAUGUUGCGAGAAUGGCUUCCAGUUACUGGUGUCUGGCGGUCCAAUUUGAGCUUGAAGCCAUCCCCCCUAAUUGGGUUUAAAGGCAAUGCCAUCUUUUGUUGGGCCAUCAAUAUAUUUCCAGGAGAAGUAGAGUCAAUACCAGCAGGAUUGUACUCGAGCACAGCCAAUGGUGUUUUCCUCACUGCAGGUGGACUAGAUCUGCGAGUCAUCCUCUCCGAGGCAUUCAGCAAAGAACGCUUCAUGUACUCUUUACUUCUGGACAUCUUGGGAUAAGAGAGAUCAUUCAAAUUUUCAACCCCAUCCUCAUCCUCAGAUGGAAACAUCAACAUCUUCAUCUCUUUCAUCUUUCUAGGGUCAAGGCCAAGAUGCGCUGGAAGAGAGUGAUAAAGCAUAGGCCCUGUAGGCUCAAUUUCCUCUUCGGCUUCCCCAUUUUCCUCAAGAAUCUCUGCAUCUUUAUUCACCCUGGAAGGAUCAUUAACUUCCUCAACAUCAUCCAUUGUGAUGUCUUCUUCAUCAUCUUCGGUCAAUCCAAAACGACUAAAAUGUUGGACCGAAAACCUCCAGUCACCAUUCGUGGGGUCAAACGAAAUGAAGCGGGCUCCUUGCCUCUCCAUGCUCUUUCUCAAUUUCUCCACAAGAUCUUGAAGCUGUUCCUUAUUUGGGUGUAAAGGUCUAACUUUCAAAUUCAGAGUUACUUCAGCAGGCUUGUUGAGCCCCUGACCAACUGCAGGCUUAACACUUUCAUCCCCAUAUACAACAAUUUCAUGCCUGUAGAACUUCACAAUGUGAUCAACUUCCAACAACCUAACAUCAGUCUGCCCCAGAAACUUGACACAACCAUAACCAAACCUCCCAACCGUGAAAUCCGGAACUCGACUGCAAUAACCAGGAUCUGAAAUUUCCCUAGCGGCCAAAUCAGCCAAACAAGGCUUAAUGUAGUAAUCUGGUGCGGUUAAAAUGGGCAAUAAGGCUUCUGCCUCUCUCAAUUCCCUGUCAGGCGAGAUUCUUCUCUUCUUG